AUGGUCAACCAAGAAAAGGAACCUGAAAAACAAGAAGAGAAAAAGAGAAGGGUUCCAUUAUACCCUGGUUUUCCAGAAUUAGCCAGAUCCGAUGUCAGCAUUUAUCCUUCAUACUCCAGAUUAGCUUUGGCUUAUCGCGUUGUUUGUCGUCAUCGUUACCAUUGGGCUAAAGUUGCACAACGUCGUCAAUUCAUGAAUGAACUACAUAGCUUCGAACGUUUGCAGCCGAACGCUCUCGACGGUGUGAGAGUUCAUAGGGAGUUCUCUCAAGGAAUCCUGUCCCAUAAGAUACCUUCGAGAAGAUAUAUGCAGAAACUCACCCCCGACCCAUUGAAUACUCAUCAGAGAAUGAGAGUUGAAGAGAUUAUUAGCGGACGGGUUAAUUUUAGUCAAAAAUAG